AUGACAGUACCUCGUAACGGUCUGAUGAACGGCAGCAAAAGAAAACCGGUUGAUGUAUGGAUUGAUUGUGACCCAGGGCACGACGAUGUCGUUGCUUUGAUGAUUGCUGCAUCUGCGGAUCAUUGUAACAUUCUAGGAUUGAGCACCGUGCACGGCAACACGACUGUGGAAAACGCAACUCACAAUGCUCUUUCAGUGAUGGAGCUGUUAAAAAAAAAUGUCGACGUUCAUUCAGGCGCUGCAAAACCUUUGAUGAGGCCAUCUAAGCUGGCUACUCACAUCCACGGUGUAAAUGGACUGGCAGACAUUGCUCUUUUACCAGAUCAACCGAAGAAACGAGCUGCUCCUGAUGCGGUGGUAGCAAUGCAUCAAGCAAUUUCUCAAAAUCCUGUUCCAGUAACACUCGUUGCGACGGGCCCUUUGACAAACGUCGCUUUAAUGCUGGCCACUUACCCAAAAGUGACCGAAAACAUCGAACGACUUGUUUUUAUGGGUGGAAGUACGGGAAUUGGAAACAUCACUUCACAAGCUGAAUUCAAUAUGUUUGCUGACCCAGAGGCUGCAAAGCUAGUCCUUGAAACUUCUUCACUUGUCGGGAAACUUUAUAUGAUUCCACUGGACGUAACGCAUAACGUUUUGAUGGAUUCUUCGAUCAUGACAAAAUUACAGCAGCAUGCAAGUCCCAUUGCUGAAACCAUACUUGAACUUAUGACCGUCUUUCAGGCCACUUAUGAAACUGUCUAUGGAUUCAAAAAUGGUGUUCCUGUACACGACGCCUGUGCAAUUGUUUAUGCAUUAUGGCCCGAAAUUAUGACCUCAAGGCUUAUGCAUGCCACUAUUAGCCUUGACCACCUGACUCUUGGUCGAACAGUUUGCGAUAUUUGGUCGCAGCAGACCCAGUUUUUCCCAAACGUUCACAUUGUUCUUAAUGCUGAUGUUGCUGCUUUUUGGAAGUUGUUUACGCUUAUUGUCGACAAACUUGAUGCCUUGUGA